UGCAAUGCAGAGAGAGGAGACGCGUCUGUCCGUCCAUCCAUCCAUCCAUCCAUCCAUCCAUCCAUCCAUCCAUCCAUCCACCCAUCCAUCCACUAAGGGUGAACAACGCUGACCGUGGCCUGGGUGGAGAACUGCAGCAUUGAGAUGAGGUGAGAUGCCUUGUAGUUGCCCAGUGCUUUGAUGGAGAUCGUGGGAUCCCGUCAGCAUCUUCCAUCCUCCUGCGCAGCAGCGCAACUUAUCCCCAGAGACCUUUACCAUUCCAGCAAUUCGCCUUUGCAUCUCAUCUCUUGGGGACCUUCUUCUUCUUGCGUGUGGCGGGCACAGCCUAAAGUUGCAGGGCCACUUGUUCUAUUUGAUCUCAGUUGAUUGCAUUCGUCGUAACUAGGGCGGACCAAGUGAAGGUUGCAAUCUCCCACCCCUCUUGGGGAUGAAUGGAUGAAUGGCUGACGGAAGAGUUGACUCUUUGGAUUGAAGGCAGACACAACAUGCUGGAGUAACUCAGCGGGACAGGCAGCAUCCCUGGAGAGAAGGAAUGGGUGACGUUUCGGGUCGAGGCCCUUUGUAAAAGACUUCAGACUCUUGGGAUUGAUGUCUCCAAACGUGGUAUUCCUGGUAAAUAUGACAACUCUCACCCUCACGUACACCAUGGGCAUCAGGAUAGCGUGCAUGUUGGAGUUCAUGACUCUGUGAUUGUGGUCAGGCUGACACAACAGCCCGCGCCCACCAGGAUGGCUGCCCUUCUCUUGAGUUGUAGGACAUGCCCUGGAAUUUGUAGAUCUGUGAUUUGGAGAACUACUGCCUUUAGGGCGGGCAACUCUGCACCAAAAGUAUCUUUCAGGUUGAAGAAUGUACCCAGACUUACUCUUGCGUGUCUAGGUCUUGGGAGCUCGUCGCUUGCAAACUCCCAGAAAACAGCAGCAGUUGCAGAGGCCAAGCUAAUGCACUGCCCCAAGCGAGGAUCGCGCUCAUUAUUGGGAGAACUUUUCUGGAGGAUUCGUUUUGCCGUCCAUUUGGGCGUGCGGGCGGUGGUCUUGCUGCUGAGAUUUGGGCCCCUGUUGCUGCUCUACCCAAUGUGUUUUGUGUCGUCUGCUCUCGCCUCGGCAUGGUAUGAGGUGCUGCUGAGAUCCACAGUGGCCGCCGGGCCCACGUUCAUCAAACUCGGGCAGUGGUCUAGCACCAGGAGGGACCUCUUCCCGGCAGAGUUCUGUGAUAAAUUCUCCAGGAUUCAUCCCCGUGUCUCCCCGCAUCCCUGGGACUACACCAGGCGCAGCUUGAGGAGGGCAUUUGGGGAGCACUGGAGGAGCAUAUUCCACAUUGAAAGCAAGGAGCCCAUCGGGUUGGGCUGCAUCACGCAGGUGUACCGGGCCUGCACCGACCCAAAGAAUAUUAACAACUCAGAAUUCCACAAACUCGUCGAAAGCUUUGAGAAAGAAGACCAGUUUGAAGCAUGGGAAGUCUCCGGGCUGCAGGGAAUAUUUCAUUACAUGUUUCCACACAAGCAAGAUCCACACAAUGAGCCGGCCACAGCGGAGGGGUUGAGUGGAGGCCCUGAACUGGAAGAUGGAUGGAGAGCACCUCAUCCCAACACAAUGUCGGAGCAGCACCAUCUCAUUCCAGUGGCAAUCAAGGUGAUGCAUCCUGGCGUUACUCAUCAAGUGCGUAUGGACCUGAGACUCAUGAAAGCCGCCAGCUGGGUUCUCAGUCUCCUGCCGGGCGCGAGGUGGCUGAGGUUGACGGAGGUGAUGGAAGAAUUCGAGGAGGUCAUGUUGGGACAGAUUGACCUGCGGAACGAGGCAACGAUUAUGGAGCGAUUCCGAGAGAAUUUCCUGGGAAUGGAUUCGGUCAAGUUUCCCAUCCCGCUCCGGCCGUUCGUCACCAGGACCGUCGCGGUGGAAACGUAUGAGGAGAGCACUCCCAUCUCGACGUUUGUGGCAGAGGACGUGCCUGAUGUGUUGAAGCAGCAGUUGGCCAGGAUGGGGUUGGACAUGCUGCUGAAGAUGGUAUUCGUGGACAACUUUGUUCACGGAGAACUUUGCCCGGAGAACAUUCUCAUCCAGGGAGCGGAUCAGUUCAGUCGGCAACAGGACGACAGGACCACCAUCGUGGAUUUGUGCGACACCCUCAUCAUCAACGUUCACCCAUCCCAGUGUCCACUCAAACUGAUCCUGCUGGACACCGGCAUCGUGACUGAGCUGCGGCCUUCAGACUUCCACAACCUCAAAGCCGUCUUCACCGCCGUGAUCAGAGGGCAGGGCGAGAAGAUCACAGAGCUGCUGCUGACCCAGGCAACAGUGAAUGAAUGCCAAGACUUGCAACUGUUUAAAUCUGAAAUAGAAAGAAUCGUGCAUGAAGCAGAGAUGAACACUGGAUCGCUGCGAAAGCUCCAUGUUGCUGGCUUCCUUUCUAACAUUCUGGAAGCACUCAUUGUACACAAGGUCAAGGUGGAGAGCAGCUUUGCCUCCGUCAUCCUUGCCAUCAUGGCCUUGGACCGUCUCAGCCGAUCUCUCGACCCCGAGCUGGACUUGCUGCAAGUGGCCAGACCCAUGCUGCUGAAAGACUCUGCGGGUUUGUAAGGCUUUGUGGAUCUUGGCGACGUACUUUCACCCAACUGGGGGGGAGUGAGGAGGGGGCAAGCUCCCAGAUAUUCACAACCAUUAACCAUUCAAUCACCUGCUACUGGGGAUAUGACAUUUGUUUUUAAUAACAGGCCAACAGUGUGGCCCAUAUACUUAAUAAUGCAUGCUGUGUGCCUGUGUUAUAUUACCUGUGAUACUUUGAAGUUGCAUAAGAUUAUAUGUUUAUGUCAAGCGUGGUAAUGGAUUUGUUAACUCUGUCCAUUUGAACGGCCAUAGUUUUCAGGUAGAACAGGUAGAACCAUAGAAAUUAGGUGCAGGAGGAGGCCAUUCGGCCCUUCGAGCCUGCACCGCCAUUCGAUAUGAUCAUGACUGAUCAUCCAACUCAGUAUCCCAUCCCUGCCUUCUCUCCAUACCCCCUGAUCCCUUUAGCCACAAGGGCCACAUCUAACUCCCUCUUAAAUAUAGCCAAUGAACUGGCCUCAACUACCUUCUGCGGCAGAGAAUUCCACAGAUUCACCACUCUCAGUGUGAAAAAUGAUUUUCUCAUCUCGGUCCUAAGAGACUUCCCUCUUAUCCUUAAACUGUGACCCCUUGUUCUGGAUUUCCCCAACAUCGGGAAUAAGCAUCCUGCAUCUAGCCUGUCCAACCCCUUAAGAAUUUUGUACGGGCAGAGCCGCAGCCUCACACCCCAGGUGACCCGGGUUCGAUCCGAACCGCGGUUGCUGUCUGUGUGGAGUUUGCACCUUCUCCCUUGUUUCCUCUGGUUGCUCCGGUUUCCUCCCACAUACUGAAAUUAUGCCGAGCUGUAGGUCAAUUUUCCUCUGUAACAUUGCCGCUGGUGUGUAGGGAGUGGAUGAGGAGAGUGAGAUAACAUGGAACUAGUGUGUACGGGGGUGAUCGAUGGUCGGUGUGGACUCAAUGGGCCAAAGGGCCUGUUUCCACGCUGUAUCUUUCAAUCAAUCAAUCAUUGAAUUAAGUGGAAGGUGGACACAAAAUGCUGGAGUGACUCAGCGGGUGAGGUAGCAUCUCUGGAGGGAAGGAAUGGGCUUCCCAUUCCUUCCCUCCAGAGAUGCUGCCUCACCUGCUGAGUUACUCCAGCAUUUUGUAUCUACUUUCGAUUUUAACCAGCAUCUGCAGUUCUUUCUUACACAUUGAAAUUAAGUGUGCAGGGUUAAAAGCUAUCUGUGCAUUAGUGUUGCAGAACUCUGUACCAUAACCAAAUAAAAUGUUACAUCCCAACUAUUUCCCUUUUGAAUUGUUUCAUUCAUCUCUCAUGUGUUCCCAGUGGAUAUUUGAAAGACUUGUCCUUUCACUGCUUGUAGCCCAGCAAAUAUGUUUUUCUAAUUUUAUAUCACCCUUCUGCCACAGGAAGGAGUUAGGCUUGAUCGUAUUCAUGUAUAUUGUUAUCUGAUUACAUUGGGCCGCACGCAAUCAAAAGCUUUUCACUGCCUGCGCCAAAAAAAACAGUGGAACAACAGUGAAAAGCGUUUUGUUUGUGUGCUCUCUAAUCAAAUCAAAUAAUAUCUGAAGAAUAUUGGAAAAAAACGGUCUGAACAAGGGUCUCGA